AUGGCUCGAUCGUGGAUAGUCGCUCUCCUUUUGCUGGCUGCAAGUCUGUCCUCGAGCCAUGGCUUGCGUAUCCUGGGCAUAUUUCCGCUUCAGGGCAAAAGCCACUUCAUCAUGGGCGAAGCCCUCAUGAGAGGAUUGGCUGCCAAGGGCCAUCGGGUCGACGUCUACAGUCAUUUUCCGCUGAAGAAACCGAUUCCCAACUACACGGAUUACAGCUUGGCUGGGACGCUGCCGGCUCUCGCCAAUAACAUGUCCUUCAACUACAUGAACUCGAUCACUGGCGUCGGCUCGAUGUCGAAGGACAUGGAAUUGAUCGGCAAUCCAGUUUGCGAGUUGCUGAAUUUACCGAUUUUCCAGAAUCUCAUUAAAAAUCCACCGAAUGAUCCGCCGUACGAUCUCAUCAUUAUCGAGAUGUUCUUGUCGAACUGCUACUUGGCACUCGGGCCUCAUUUGAAUGUCCCGAUGGUCUCGAUGGUGACCACCAGCCUGUUCGAAUGGAUGUACAGGCCACUCGGCAACCCAUCGCGCCUGGCCGUGGAGCCAACGAUGUAUUCCGGCGCCCAUCAUCCGAUGUCCUUCAAGGACCGCGUGCGCAACGUCCUGCUGAGUCACUACUCCGAAUGCUCGUUCAACGCGGAGGCUCGCAAGUCUCAGAACGCCGUGGUCGAGAGAGCUUUCGGUCCCGGUACGACCGACGUCAUCGACCUGCAAAAGGAGAUCUCUCUGACCCUGGUGAAUUAUCAUCACGCCUUGAACGGCGUGCGAGCUUUUACGCCGUCGGUCGUGCCCGUGGGCGGUAUCCACAUUUUCGAAAACGAAGAUAACGCGCUACCGGUCAAGAUCAAGAAAUUCAUGGACGAGAGCAAGGAUGGCUUCGUUUAUGUCUCGUUUGGCUCGAUGGUGCAACUCGAAACGUUCCCCGAGCACGAUCUCAAAGAACUAUAUGCCAGCUUCAAAAACAUAGCGCCAAUUAGAGUAGUGAUGAAAAUAGCUAAACCGGAACUGCUACCAUCCGGCUUGCCGUCGAACGUUGUUACGCAUUCUUGGUUGCCGCAAGUUCAAGUCCUGAAGCACAAAAACAUCAAGGCUUUCGUUACACACGGCGGACUCAUGGGUACGCAAGAGUCUAUUUACUACGGCGUCCCGCUCAUAGGUUUUCCUCUAUUCGGCGAUCAGCACUUCAACAUAGAUUCUUACACGAAGAAAAAUUUGGCCAUUAGGCUUGAUCGUUAUAAUAUAAAAGAAGAAACAUUGACUGCGGCCAUCAAAGAAAUCAUUAACAAUCCGCAGUAUAAAAAUUCGGCUGAUAAGGCAAGCAAAGCGUUUAGAGAUGCGCCAUUGAGCCCACUGAACACAGCCAUUUAUUGGGUUGAAUACAUAGCCAAGCAUGGGAAAUAUUCACUAAGAUCUCCGAUAGUAAAUUUGCCCUGGUGGCAGGCUUCUUUGCUGGACGUGUAUGCAUUUUUGGCUACAAUAUUUAUGUUGCUAGUCGUCACUUUGUACAAACUAGUGGCAAUCUUACUCAAGCUGAUAUUCAAAUUUCAAAAGUCAAAGCCUCGAAAAAUGAAAAAGAAAUAAUUCAAUUUUUAAA